AUGAGAGUAUUUGAUCCUACAAAACCUGUCUACACUGGGUAUGAGAACAUUGAAGAAUUUUUAGUCUACUUUGAAGCAUAUGCAGCCUCUAAGGAUUGGGAUGAUAACAAAAAAAGUCUGGUAGUCAUAUUACAUAUAGCAGAUAGGCUGAAACCUUCGAUAAUGCAGUUAAGAAAGAAUAACUCCAGUUGGAAGGACUUAAGAACAGCUAUGAUAAAAAGGUGGGCCACCUCAUCUGACUUGAAUGAAGGAUUAGAGCGUUUAAAGAAUAUGGUACAAGAGACAGGAGAUACAGUUCAGAUGUAUACCAGUUGUUUUGAUGCAUAUGUUACAGAGAUACAAGAUCAAAUCCAUAUCGAAAAAGGGUUGCUAGAUAUGUAUGAAGCUGCCAAAGAAUUGGCAGUUAAGAUGGAGAAGUAUGACCGUGAUAGAAAAUACAUUAACAAAAAUCCAGUUCAAAUUACUAACAAUAAGAAAAGCAAGCUGGUUAAUGGGGAAGCCACAAAUUUUCAGCUGUUCAGAAGGUCUGUCGCAUCAGUGAUCAACAUCCUCCAAAUUCAGAAAGAUUGGAUCGAAUGGAAACAAGCAUUAUAA